GUGCGGUCCUGCGGCCAGUGUCCGCGCUCCCCGGCAGCACCGCGCCAGGCACAUGGAGGCUCCCCUGGAACCCGCGCCCGGGCGGGUAGGCCCGGAGACCACCUCUGAUCGCCGCGGGCUGCGCUGCCUGCUGUUUUCCGACUUCCGAGAGGAGCUGCGGGCCCUCCUGAUCCUGGCGGGCCCCGCGUUCUUGGCCCAGCUGAUGAUGUUCCUGAUCAGUUUCAUAAGCUCUGUGUUUUGCGGCCAUCUGGGCAAGCUGGAACUGGAUGCAGUCACACUUGCAAUUGCAGUUAUCAAUGUCACUGGCAUUUCAGUGGGACAUGGCUUAUCUUCUGCAUGUGACACCCUCAUCUCCCAGACAUACGGGAGCCAGAACUUGAAAUAUGUGGGGGUCAUCCUACAGAGGGGCAUGCUCAUUCUGCUCCUCUGCUGCUUUCCCUGCUGGGCACUUUUCCUCAACACUCAGCACAUCUUGCUGCUCUUCAGGCAGGACCCGGAUGUGUCCAGGCUUACACAGACCUAUGUGAUGAUCUUCAUUCCAGCUCUUCCUGCAACCUUUCUUUAUAUAUUACAAGUUAAAUACUUGCUCAACCAGGGAAUUGUUCUGCCCCAGAUCCUGACGGGAGUUGCCGCUAACCUUGUCAAUGCCCUUGCCAACUACCUGUUUCUCCAUCAACUGCAUCUUGGGGUGAUGGGUUCUGCAUUGGCCAAUAUGAUUGCUCAGUUCACCCUGGCUCUCCUUCUCUUUCUCUACAUCCUUGGGAGGAAACUGCAUCAAGCUACAUGGGGAGGGUGGUCCCUCGAGUGCCUGCAGGACUGGGCCUCCUUCCUGCGCCUGGCUAUCCCAAGCAUGCUCAUGCUGUGCAUCGAGUGGUGGGCCUACGAGAUUGGGAGCUUCCUGAGUGGUAUCCUUGGCAUGGUGGAGCUGGGAGCUCAGUCCAUCGUGUAUGAGCUAGCCAUCAUCGUGUACAUGAUCCCUGCGGGCUUCAGUGUGGCUGCCAACGUCCGGGUAGGAAAUGCUUUGGGUGCUGGCAACAUUGAGCAGGCAAAGAAGUCCUCUGUGGUUUCCCUGCUGGUCACAGAGCUCUUUGCUAUAACAUUUUGUGUCCUGCUGUUAAGCUGUAAGGACCUCGUGGGAUACAUUUUCACUACUGACCGAGACAUCGUUGCUCUGGUGGCUCAGGUGGUCCCAAUUUAUGCUGUGUCCCACCUCUUUGAAGGACUUGCUUGUACGAGUGGUGGCAUUCUGCGGGGAACUGGAAGUCAGAAGGUGGGAGCCAUUGUUAACGCCAUUGGGUAUUACGUGAUUGGUCUACCCAUUGGGAUCGCACUGAUGUUUGCGGCCAAGCUUGGAGUGAUUGAUCUGGGCAGGCAGAGCAGUUACCGACCAGGAAAUGACCCUCAAAGAACACUGAAACUUGACUCUGGAAUUCUGGAGUUUUCCACUUCAGUUCUACCCUUGGUUAGAGAAAGCAAGGGCUGGACACACAGUAGCCUCCAGCUCCAGCCCCAGCCCCAGCCUCAGCCAGGAGCCCAAGGCUGCCUGGUCAUGCCCCUCUUGCCCAUGCAGGUGAUGGUCCCCAUUGCGAUACCCAGCACAACAAAAUGUCCUUUCUACUCCUCUCCCUGAUUUACCUGUCCAGUUUUCACUUCUUCAGAGGAGUGACAGCAAGGACUACCGAAGAAGCAUUUGGAAACGUCCCUUUUGUAGAUCUGUUCUGUUCUUUUAGUGAUAGCCCCUUGCGUCGGCAAGACCCUGACAGUGAAACUGCAAUAGGAAGGUCAUCCUCCUGUGGCCAUCCUGGAGAGAUUGGGGUGAAGUGGGAAAGUGGCCGGUCAGCAACAUGGCACCUGGACCCAGUAGGACAUAGAAUAGCACCCUUCUGUGCUCACCAAGGGGCAUGGCAACUGGCCAGCGCUCUCCUUAUCAUCCUACCUUCUUCUGUAGCCUCUGCCUCCCACCUGCCAUAAUCUUUGGUAUAUCUUAUCCAUAUCUUGUGGGUAUUCCCAUAGGGUAUGGGAGGGGGGAUCAAUGUGGACAGUGCAGAAGGAAGGUGGGGCAAGACAUCUCUUUGUCCCUUUUUUUAGUCUUUUUUUUUUUUUUUCCCACUAUGACCAAAAGACCUGACAAGAACAAUUAAAGGAGGAAAAGCUUAUUUGGGGGCUUUUCAGUUUCAGAGGUCUCCGUGUAUAGACGGCCAGCUCCAUUGCUCUGAGCCACAGGUGAGGUAGAACAUCAUGAUAGAAUGGUGUGGUAGAGGGAAGCAGUUCAGGGCAUGAUAUCAGGAAACAGAGACAAAACUCCACUUAACAAGGGCAAAAUAUAAACCCCAAAGGCACACACCCAGUGAUCCACCUCCUCUAGCCACUCCCUACAUGCCUACAGUUACCACCCAGUUAAUCCAUUCAAGUGGAUUAAUGCAUUGAUAAGGCUAAGGCUUUUGUAACCCAAUCAGUUCACCUCUAAAAGUUCUUGUUUUGUCUCACACAUGAGCUUUUGGGGGAUACCUCCUAUCUAAACCAUAACAUCCUCUUACUGAAUUUGGAGGAAAGAACUGAAUCCACAUGAUCUGAAAUUACCAGAGCUAUUUUUUUUUUUAAAGUAGGGAAAUAUAUGACUGCCUAGCUUUGGUUUCUAAAAUAAUAAUUGGGAAUGUAUUGGCAGUGAAUACAUGAUGAUAUUAAAACCUGAACACUGUCUUUGGGGUGAAGUGGUAACUGACUUAAGCAUGGAUUGUUUUAAUCUAUUAGUAUUUGGCGGGCUCAGAGGUGGUGAGAAGUCAUCUGAUACCCACAGAGAACUUCCAGUCCAAUGUGCUUCAUUGUGUUGCACAUUUUUCUCAAGUUCAAUGAUGUUUUAAUUAAAAAUACAGAAGAUGGUCAAAGGACAGAAUUUUCAGAACCCAUUGGUGCAGAAAAUUAUUUAGCUGAGUUUCUGGCAUUAUUCAGGCUUUGACUUCACUGAUGAAAAUGUUAAUGGAAAUUAAACAGAAGAACCUAUUUUUUUUUUACUGAUAUUUUAUUUAACACUAUCUAUCUAAAAUAUUAUCAUUGAAACAUUCAAUAAGUAUAAAAUACUAAAGAUAACUUAUAUUCUUUUUAUAUUGUAUCAUUUUAUAAAAAUUAUUUUAAUUGAAAAAGCAUACAUAUAUGUAUGAAAAUGCUACAAAUAAACCCAUUAUUUUGUACAAUUACUAUGCAUGCACUAAUUAUAAUUUUAAAAACGAAUCACAAUUGUAUACAUAUGUGGGGCACAAUGUGGUAUUUUCAUGUGCAUACAAUGUGGAAUGCUUAGAUCAAAGUAAUUAACAUACCUGUCAUCUUGCUUAUUUUUCAUGGUGAGACAUCUGAAAUUCACUCAUAUGCAGUAUGGUAUGAUUGACUAUAGUCAUCCUGCUGUGCAGUAGAUCUCAAAACUCAUUCUUCUUGUCAGUCUACAACAUUGUGUCCUUUUGUGUUUCUUGGAAUCAAAUCCAGGGCUUCAUGCAUACUAGGCAAACACUUUACCACAGAGCCACACACUUUGGCCCAAGAAACCUUGUACCCUUUGACCAACAAUUCCCCAUACUCUCCCACCC